AUGGGAUAAUCAUCAAUUACAGUCAUUGAUCCAAAUUAAAAUUACAAUUAUUAAAGAUAAAAUACAACUUAGGAAGUGGAAGAGUAAAUAAAGCGAGCUUUUAAAUAAGCUUCUCCAUAAGGAAGAUUAACCAGAGAUAAAUUUAAUGAAGCACUAGGAAUAUUUGAAAGUAUCUAAUUGAAAAGACUGAGAGAUACUCCUUUAGCUGAUAGACUAUUUUAAUUAUUAGAUAAGGUAUGAUUAGAAUAUAGAUUUUAGAAUGAGGAAGGAUAUAUAACAGAGAGAGAAUAUUUAGAAGGUAUUACAACAUUGAUUAAUAAUAAAGAUAAAAGGAUUCUUUGUAAUUUAUAAUGAUAAAGUAGAUUCUUUUUAGAUGAUAGAUAAAAAUAAAGACAAUAAAAUAGAAUUCUAAGAGUUUUAUGAUUUUGUAAAAGAUAGUUGGUUGAGUGCAUUUAGAUUAUUGGGAGAAAAAGUUUGUUCAGGUUAGAAUCAAUAUUAAUUAACAUAAUCAAAAAUAAAUGCUUGGGCUUAAGGACAAUUGAAUAAACUUUAUACUUAAGUUUAAUAGAUCUUUAUGAAAUUUGCAUAAUAGGGCGUAUUCUAUAAUAUAAUAUAAAGUAAUAAAUGGAUCCAAUAAUAUUUAAAUAAUGGGUGAUUAGCAAUGAAUUUGGAUUUAUUAAGGCAGAAAUAGGAAAUGAAUCAGUUUAGAUUCCUCUUCAUUUAUACAGAUUGGAAGAAAAAUGAAA